AUGAACUACUACCUCUGCAUCCGCAGCACCACAUCCACCACAGUCUCCCAGGGACCAUCGACCCGUGGCCCUAAGGCUCCUCCGCCCGCUGGUACUCAGCUCCAGCAGCAGCAGCAGCAGCAAGUGAAUGGGAAGUGCUUCCGUGGCAUGCAACUACUCAUGAAACAAAUGAGGGAAGUGGAGGAGACAAGAAGAAUGGUAACAGCCGAGAAUGAGUAUGUCUGCAUCAAUUGCUGCCACCCGUCAUCGAGUCUGUUCGUGAAGUACAGCGACAACGGUAUUCGACUCACUUCAUGUUUUAACUGCGGCAAAGCUGUGGACGCGUAUAUCGAGUAUGAUACUGUCUUGGUAGUAAUCGAUCUCAUGCUGCAAUACAUUGAAGCCUAUCGACAUUUCCUGAUGAAUACUAGCAACCGCGUGCAGUCGUCGAGCGUUAACAUGCAACAAUGUAAAUUACAUCCAUCCCCUAUUAUUUCAAUCGAAAACCCCUCAGAGUGGCAAAAUUGUGACGGUGGAAUAACUUACAAACUCGACUGA